UUGACGUUUCCGAGGCUCGCGCCGACGCGUUGCACGUCCGCAGUUCUGCUCGCGUGGAAAGUCAACUCGGAGGAAAAAUUUGUGACGUGCUUGACCCGUGGAUCUCACCGUCUCUCUUCCUCUUCGUUGUUCUCUCUCUCUUCCCUUUACUCUCUCUUUCUGUCGUGCAUGUAGCGCCUAGUAUAAUGCCCGUGUGAUGUGAAAUAUCGUGACCGCGCGCGGCCAUCGACGACGACGACGACGACGACGACGACGACGUUCGCUCCGCUGUCCCUUACGACAGAACCAAGAAGAACGGCUGGUGAGAAACAAUAAUGCGCAUACCAGGCGCGCGAAGACGGCAGUGCGAGCGACGAUAGCUUGGAUCUCAUAAAAUUGCUGUUAAUAGUCGUACUGUCUCGCAGGCAGCAUGAAUAACCCUUACCGUGCUAGACCUACCAGAUCUCGAGUGGAUCAUUCAGCAGCUUAUGGAAUGCAUAAUCAAAAUAUGUGGAUGCCUAUGCCGAGGCCACAGUCGGAUAUUUCAUCAUCAGCAACCAUCCAGCAGUCAUCUGUCGCGAAUCAAUCAAAACACACCAACAAUACGUGGAAGGAUCCCUGGGAUUGGAAUUUGGACCAGCAGUCGGAUACUCAGCAACAAUCGCAACAGCAGCGGCAGCAGCAACAACAACAACAACAUUACAUACCCUCGUAUCCGAGUCAAGGACAGUUGAUAUCCAAUUCCAUUCAUCAGGAUCAUUAUUACAAGAACCUCAAUAACGACGUGUCCGAUGUACUUAAUCAGAACUCUGUAUCAGGCAGGGACACACCCAGAGCAGAGCCCUCGCGUCAGGCUGGCCCAAAUUACACAGACUCUUUCCCAUCAUAUACAAAUUACAAUCAAAAUCAGCAGUAUCCGAUGCCGUCUCGGCAGACGGCUACCCAGUCGACCGGUUACGAGCACUCUCAGUGGGCCGAAGAGCAACAACAACAACAACAGCAACCACCACCACUACCACCACCACAACAACAACAACAACAACAACAACCGUCGAAUGCGGCGGUAUACGCGCAACAGAGAUUUGCGUCAUCGCAGAGCCAAAAGGAACCGCAGCCGACAUCGGUAGCGCAUCCGUCCUUGCCGAGCGCGGUGCCGCAAAAUUACAACUGGAACAAGGAUGACUCGGCGAACCUGGCGCCGCAGCGUAAUUGGCAGAAUUACACCGAUAUACUGGGCCAUUGGCAAGAUCCUGCGAAGGAGUCGCAGCCGGUCGACAAUGCGAAUAACAAGUGCGCGCAACCGCUGCCUCUGUCGACGCAAAUAUACAAUGCGCCUGUCGACGAGGUGAACAAAGAACAUUCCACGAACCGGUUGAGCAGACAGCAAAGCAGUGUCAAUGAAGCGGGUAACAGGUCCAACGCUGCGUCCGGCCAAUGGCAGAAUCAAAAUCGUGAGGCCGCCAUGGCUCAUCAUCAGCCCGCGCACUUAGUACAAACGAAUAGUAUAGACGAAUCGUUCAACACCUGGCCGCAAUCGCAAGCAGAUUGGAGGAGUGCGCAGAACGACGUACAUUCGAAUCAGUGGUUGCAGCAGAUGACUGACAAGAAUUCGUUCAACGAGAAUGUAUCGCCGAACAACAACGCUGCUACUGCUGCUGCUGCUGCUGCUGCUGUUCGAUUCGCUGCAAACGACUGGCAGAUGAGCAGUCAGCAACAGCAGAUGCACGCGACGACGCCGUUCCACUACGUACCUAAUGCACCUACUACACUUAGUACUGUAGAUAACACUGUACAUACACCCAACAACAACAAUGAACAGCAAGAGAACGAGAAGCAAGCGAUGUUGGCCGCGAUUACCGCGAGCACCGCGUCUUCGCACGACUCGACGAUUCAAGCGAAACCGAGUGACGUCAAGUCGUCAAUCGGCGACCAUCUCAACGUAAUGACCGACGAGAACGCGUCGAUGGGCGGCGUCGAUGUUCUCUCGUCGAAGAGCACUCUUGUCGGCGAGAACGACGAUCACGCUUUUCCCUGUACGAUGACGGACGAGUUAUCCAGCAACCUCAGUCAGCUCAAUAUUGGAGGCAAGUCGACGAGCAAGCAUACGGAUCAUUCGGCUGAAUUGAGUGCACCGGACGUGCACUCGAGGCCCAUGGAAGGCCAAGGGAGAAGUGCUCAACACGUCGCUACCAGUUUUAACGUCACGAGCAUUCGCAACAACUCUAUGCCCGAGAAUAUGCUCGUGUUGCCGCCGGAUUACGCGGCGAGCAGCGUGGAGAGCUCUCAUUCCACAGUCGACAGUCAGCCGUCGGUCGUCGCUCAGGAACACUUGACACCGAAUACAUAUCAGAGUGGUGCUACUAAGGUAACAGACAGCGUCUCGCAAAGCGGGUACGAUCAGUGGUACAAUCAGAGCGCGUUGCCGGCCUCUUUGGAGAACACGUGGUACGCCAAGGAUCACGCGCCGCGUCCGCCGCCCAAGCAGUGGAAUGCCGAGCAGAACGUGGAGAAUUACGAGAACAUCCAACAGACGUCGGACUUUGUGAACCUCGAGGUUGUCACGCCCGCGACGACUGCUCUGCAAGAACGCGACAUUUAUGGUUCGAGAGACUCUAUCAACAAAGAGACCCUGGACAACGAUCCGAAGCCGAACGCGAGCCCGAAGGAAGCGACGAACAUCCGGGACUUCCGGGAGGAGGCGAGUAACGUCGAGGUGCCGUCGGUGCAGCAACCGACGGUACGGCCUCAUCCACCCUUGCAGCCGGAACAGAUGCCAGACAACUACGAGUUCGCAUCGAACGAUAGGAAUACGUUCUUGGAGACCGGCGAGCUGACGGAUUCGCAUCAAGAACACGAGCCGACCCCGCCGAGUCAGGACGACGAGAAUGACGAAGUGCCUAACGAUAUUCCGUUCCUGCGCGAGGUGCCCGGCCAGUCGAGCACCAUGGAUCCGCGCAGGAACGAUCCCACCGGUCAGGAGCAGCAAUACGUGCAAGCCGGGCAACGCCUGUCCGAUCCCAGAAGAAACGAUCCUUCGGGACAAGAGCAGAGCGUGCAGGUGAGGAGCUUGGCCGACCGAGUGGUGGAACGUCGCGACGUCCCGUCAGGACAGGAAAGAAGCGCAGCACCUCUACUCCUGCGCGGUGACUCGGACACGUUGGAACGGCGGAACGAUCCCUCCGGUAGAGAACGGUCCUUACCGCCGCAACCGUCCUUACCGUCGCGCAAUGAUCCCUCCGGAGAGGAGAGAUACCAGCUGCAGUCGCAGAUCAUGCCGGAGCCGAGCGAGAUCCGCGAAGUUCCCGGGAGGGGCAACGAGCCCGAGGAAACGGCGCAGCAGACGGACGCGGAACUUCGGCUGAUCCCAGGCGGGGCGUCUCCCAACGAUGUCGUGCAGUUACCGGACGACAGGACGGCCGGCCGAGUCGUCACCGGCUCCCAAGAGGUGGUGUCCUCGACGAUGUCCGCGAUGCAGCAGGAGCAGACGAAUGAGCAAGCGCGCAGCAAGCGCGAAGAGGCGGUCGGCGCAUCUCAGGGUGAGAGCCAGGUUGUUCCCGGGGCGAACUCGAAUCGUCGGGACUCCUACGAGGACGAGGACGACGAGAGAUCCGGUAACAGCCGGGAGGACAGCAGGGAGAGACGACGGGAGGCGGCCAGUCCUGACCGUCGGAGAUACGAGUACGACCGGAAGAACGCGUACUACGAUCGCGAUUGUGACCGUGAAUACGAGGACGACUAUUAUUACGAUCGCCGGCGCGCGGCCGAUAACGAGCGUCAGUACAACACCCGCGACGAUUUCGAGCGCCGGGAUGUCUCGUAUCGGGACGAUGAUCGUAAGCAUCACAGUCGUGACGAUCUAGAUCGGCACGGCAGGGAGGACUUGGAAAGAAGAGUCCGGGGGAAGGAGGAACUGGCGGACGAGAGGGACAGCAGGAGAAGACCGCAGGACGAUCGCAGCAGGAGGGACAGGGGAGAUGAUCCACGUCGUCGAGACAGAGAUCCGAGGGACUAUGAUCCGCGAUUUCUCAGGGAUCCUCGGGAUCGGGAUUACAUGGAUCGCGAGAGACGAAGAGACGACAGGCGACCACGAAGAUACGACGAUUACGAUACAAGGGACGUGUAUGGGAGAGACUACUACAACAAUGAUCCUUACGGAAGGAGUUCCAGGCCAUCGAGCAGAUCUUCUUACAACGACCGAGACCGUGAAUACUACAUGCGUAUGAGGGAUCCUUAUUACAUGUACAACGGAUACAACGGAUACGAUUAUGGUGCUCACUAUGGUAACAAUUAUUACGCGUACCUCGAGAAUUUACGCCGAACGAAUCCCGCCGCCUACUCCGAGUGGUACCACAAGUAUUACGGUGGUCAACAUCAGCAGCAACACAGCAUGGCGAGGGGUGUCAGCAAUUAUCCAGAGGACAGAGCCAGCGUUCACUCGGGUCGUAGUUCUUGCGAUGACAGGACUGCCUGUGACAAGCGAACUCUGGGCGAUAUGUCAAUGUUGGAGGAUUCAGCGAUUACUUCCGCUCGCGUAACACCGACCAAGUUCUCCACGUCUCACGCAUACGGAUGCUUCUCCAUCGGCUCCUUGGUGCACGUUUAUCCUAGUUAUCCAGCCGAUGGUGAGAGGGCUAAAGUCGACAUUUUCCGUGUUGACAAUCUACUGUCGUACGAUCCUAUCACACGCGAUUUACGAUCGUAUCCAGGACCUCUGAUCAAUGGCGUUACGCACAAAAAAACGAUUAUUGAAUAUUGCGAAAAUAAGAUCAAGAAAGCGACAAUGAACGAGGAGCUGACCGAUCGCGCUUCAUAUAUUCUGCUAUACGAACUGAUGAUUAUGCUGAUUCAACAGAAUGGGAAUGUCGUCGGAGUCGAUAUUGCCACUCUUUUGCUGCGCAAUAAGGACGCUUAUCCGUACGACGGGAACAAGUCUAGAUCCCAGGAUGUGGGUCGUAGAGAGUCCUUGAUAUCUCAACGAUCCGGAGCGACGGGUGGCGACGGCAGUACUCAAGACAUUUCUACACUGUCUGAUUCGUUUCUGCCCGAAAUUAAACAACGAAAAACCAUAGAACAAAUAACAGACGAGUUUAGAAAUACGUUACUUUACGGUCUGGUUCAAGAAGCGUUGGAGUACGCGAUGAACGAAGGACUUUGGGGCCACGCUCUCUUCUUGGCUAGCAAAUUGGACAAACGCACACACGCUUCCGUGAUGACUCGCUUCGCGAACAGUCUACCGCCGCACGACUCACUGCAGACUUUGUACCAGCUGCAUUCUGGUCGUGUACCAGCCAUAGUCACGUGCGUCGCGGAUCCACGUUGGGACGAUUGGCGGCCUCAUUUGGCCAUGAUUAUCUCCAAUACCUCCGCUAAUCCGGAAAUUAAUCGUCGGUCGAUAACGACCCUUGGCGAUACAUUGGCCGCGAGGGCAGACAUCCAUGCAGCGCACUUCUGCUACAUCCUCGCGCAAAUUGAUUUCGGGGCGUACGGAAGUAACGGGGUCAAACUCGUGUUAAUCGGAGCGAACCACAACAAGCCGUAUGCCGAGUUCCUCACCACGGAAGCAGUUAUGCUAACGGAGAUAUACGAAUACGCUCGGAAUCUCAGCGAUCCGUGCUUCACGCUGGUGGACCUACAGAAAUUCAAGUUUGACUUGGUCGUGAAGAUGGUAGACUGUGGAUUAAUGGAGAAGGCUCUGUUGUACAUCGAACAGAUCGCGACAAAUAUUACGAACGAUGCAUCAAAGUAUCAGAAAUCUUUCAUUGAGGCUGUUUAUACGCUGGGCGAUCGUAUCAAAUACCAUGAUCCAAUUUGCAAGGACUCGGUCGAAGAUGCCGCGAAUUUAACGUGGCUUAAUAAGCUGGCGGAGAUAGUUGGGAAAUAUCAGGACGGCGAGAUGGCGGUUGAAGCCGAAACUUACAGCGCUCGUGCCUCUGAUCCUCGCACUAAUAUGCAAAAUCCAGAGAUUCAAGAGAUGAAACAACAACCGCAACAACAGUCACAGCAGCAGCAACAACAACCACCGCUAAUGAUAUCGCAACAGCAAUGGAACGCUGUUCAAUCCGAGUACGGUGACGGGCCUACAUCGAUGAUGGAAGUCACUUCCGGCGGCGAGACCAAAUCAGACUGGCAACCUCUGUCUCUGCCUACGAAUAUCCAAGAAACUUACGACCCGAACAUGCAGUACAUGAGAGGCAUGGACGAGUCCGCUCAGUAUCAGCAGCAGCAAGAUUAUUGGAAUCAGCAAUCCUAUUAUCAGGGUAAUUACGGGAGGAACGAGUCCACGCAGUCCAAUUGGCAGCAACAACAGUCCGCGCCGGAUUUGGUCGACCAGGCCGAGAUCGAUAAUGCGCAGCAGCAGGACAAGUGGAACUAUGAGGAAAGGGAAAGGGAAGACAAAACGCCAACUCCUGAACCUAUGCAGCCGACCAUCUCCUUGACGCCGUCGAUGAGCAAGCAGUACGACCCGUUGGAGGAGUUGGACGCGCUCGAGACACCGAGAACGAGCGCGAAAGCAGCAACCGAGACGAAGAAAGCGGCAGAGAAGGCGGCCGAGAAGAAACCCGCCAACAGCGGUAGUUCCUGGUUCGGCGGCUUGUUCAGUAAACUCGCACCGAAGCCAAAAAAUCAAAUGAUAUUGCCGGAUGACAGCAAUCCAACGAUUGUAUGGGAUCCUGUUGCUAAAAAAUGGAUGAACAAGGAUGAGGAUGGCGACAGCGGAGCAGCGACAUUAGCACCACCGCCAAAGGUGACCGACAUGAGUUUCCGAGCACCAACAAUGGAACGUUGUUCCCAACCGCAUCUACCAAGCGCUCACGAGGACACGUCGGCAGUGGAUCCUCCGAGAUCGGUUACCGGAAGUAACAUGUUCAAAUUACCAAAGGGUAGAAGUAUGCGCGCCAAUUACGUGGACGUGAUGAAUCCUGGCGGAUCCAAAAGUAGCACCGCAUCGUCCAACAUGCCCACCCCCGUGACGUCCCCGCUCGUACCGAUGGCUACUUCGUCCCCGCAAUUGUUCGUUCCCAUGCCAAUUAAUGAUCCAACUGCUCCUAUGGAUUUUUUGACUCCGGCAGCAACGGCCGUCGCACCAUCUGGAAACGUCGCUGAAAAUACGUCGCAAACACUCUCUCGCUGGAGCUCGACCAGCUCGUUAUCACGAGAGGUGCAGAGUUACACAAUGAGGGAUCCGCGGCUCCUUCAACGGAACAAGGGACCAAUGAUGUUCAAUCCGAGUGACAUGAAGGAUCGUUCGGUGAAGAACAUGUCAGCUGGCAGAUAUCCUCCGCGGUAAUUUUUGCGACCGCUCAUGUAAACAAUUUGUUUACUGCUCAGAUUAGGAGAAUUCGUAUCAUCUUGGCGUCCUGUUUGUACAUCUGGAAUUUUCGUUUCUGCGUAGAACUUGACUUGAAAGACAACGUUUAUAAAGUAGCGGUGGACGGUGGUGCAUAUGUACAAGACACUCGCGCAAGUGUCUUUACAUCGAGUUUGGUUCACAUUUUAUUUCGCCGUCUGUAUCUGUCGUGGAUGGAGAGUUAAAAAUUGUAUCGAAAGAGAUAUAUUCGAAGGAACGUAGUUUCCAAAGGAUAAUAACAUCGGCGCAUAUUACCUAUAGCUUAGAAUAUAGUUUCUGAUUUGUCAAUCGCAAAUUUCCGUUGCUCACUCCUCGGUGAAAAGUACGCUCUUACGUCCGAGGCAAGAUAAUUUUUUACGGAAUGUUUCAUACGCUGCGCGACGAAUUGAUUUCGAAGUUAGGUAUAUUGCUUUCGAUUUUCAGAAACGCGCGUUUCCAUCGAAUGAUGAUUACUUAUGCAUUUGCAUAACCGCGUGCGAACGGAUUUAAUCGUCGUGAUAGAGAAAUGCGCGAGUGCAUUCCCCAUUAUUGUAUUCGCUUAGUUUGUAAGUAUUGUCAUCUUGUACCGGAUUUGAUGUCAUGCGAGGAUCGAAAUAUCGCAAGCACGAGUUCGAAUUUGCGCGAGUGAGAUGUAAAGAAGUUUUUACCUGCAACCAUACCAUAUUUAGAUCUAUUCGAAUCUAUUUAAACCGUACGGUAAAUAGUCUCUCAUUUUGGGGUGGUUUUCGUAGACAUACGAUAAUAGCGAGAAUUAUAGCGCUGAUUGUAACUCAGUUAUUGCAAUGUUUAUUACAACACACACACACACACACACACACAAGGCCUCAGUAUUACAUGUACAUGUACGUGUACAUGUACGUAUACAUAUACGUGCUGUAAUUCCAAGUCUGAUUUUAUACGUCGGAAAGGGAGCGUCGCGCGUAUAGAACUGGUAAAAAUACGAAGAUGAUGAUGUUACAGAGGUAUGUGAAAAUUUUAUCGACGAUGUACGAAGGAUCACGUUAUCAUGCGAGGGAAGUGUGUAUAAUAGAGAUAUUGUUAUCCAUAAA